AUGGAAACAUAUGUUCCCGAAGAUCAUGUUAUUGAAUCCGAAAUAACUGAAAAUGAUCUAUCAGAAGAAGAUGAAGAAGAAACUGAAGCUCCAUUAGUUACACUUCCACCAAUAACAAGUUAUGAUAAUUUCAUCAAAGCUGAACCGAUACCAAAACGAAAACAUCCUGCAUCGUCAGAAUUACCCGAAACAAUAACAAUUCUGAAAGAUGAAACAACAAGCGGAAUAGUUUAUCUUGUUGGAACAGCUCAUUUCAGUGAAAAAAGUCAACGCGAAGUUGCUGAAAUUAUUCAAACGACCCAACCAGAUAUUGUCAUGGUUGAAUUAUGUCAAAGUCGAGUCAAUAUUCUUUCAUUAGAUGAACGAACUUUGAUGAAAGAAGCAUCCGAAAUGAAUAUGCAAAAAUUUCGAACGAUAAUCAAAGCGAAUGGAGUGAUUCAUGGAAUAAUUCAUGUACUCUUAUUAAGUAUGACAGCGCAUCUAACAAAACAAUUAGGAAUGGCACCAGGUGGAGAAUUUCGAGCGGCUUUCCGUGAGGCACAAAAAGUUCCUGGUUGUCAAGUUGUUCUCGGUGAUCGUCCUGUCGGUAUCACAUUGAAACGAGCAAUUAAUUCGUUAUCAACGUGGAAAAAAAUUCGUUUAGCUUGGUCUUUAUUGACAUCAAAAGAUAAAAUAACAAACGAAGAUGUCGAAAAAUGUAUGGAACAUGAUAUGUUGGAAAAACUUUUAUUAGAAAUGAGUGAUGAAUAUCCUGAAUUAGCAAAAGUUUUUGUUAAUGAACGAGAUCAAUUUCUCUCAUAUUCAUUACGAAAAUGUGCACAACGUAUUCCGAUUGAAACGAAUCAAUCUGGGUUUGUUCCUGCAACUGUUGUUGGUGUUGUCGGAAUCGGACAUGUUCAAGGAAUUGUUAAACAAUGGAGUCAACCACCAUUGAAUGAUAUUCAACAUCUGAUGAAAUUAACACUUGACGAUAAACCAACGGAACGCUCCUCAUUGUCGAAUUAUUUAUCGUUAUCAUUGAAAUUGGCGUGUCUUGGUGCAGUUAUUGCUGGUGUUGUGAAAUUUACUCGUUAUCGACUUCGAUGA